AUUUUCACGUGCGUGUCAACAGUAAAUACUCCGAAAAUAUAAAAAUAAACAUUUAUUUAUAUAUUUAUUAAAUAAAUAAUAAAUCUUAUAAAUUAAUCAUUGAAAUUUAAAAAAUAUAUUUUUGUAAUUAUAAUAAACAAUAAUAUGAGUACAAAUAAUGAUAGGAAUACUAAAAAUAUCAAAAAAACACAACCAACAAUACUAGGAACAAAGCCGUCAUUUAUAAAUGCACAGUUACUAAUUUCAACUGGGAUUCCAUCACUGGAUACAAUUAUUGGAGGUGGAUUGCCGAUUGGAACGAUUUUAUUACUGGAGGAAGAUAAAUAUGGGAACAAUGCAAAGACAAUAUUGAAAUAUUUUUUCGCCGAGGGCUGUGUCGCAAAACACAAUUUAUUUGUCGCCUCACAAGAUUUCCCGCCCGAUAAAUUCAUCGCUGACUUACCGGCAGUAAUUUACUCCGAUGAUAAAUCUGUCUUACCUACAGGCUUCCCUGUUGUACCGACAGCUGGUCCUGCUGUACCGGCGGUGCCUCAGUCGGUAAGAGACGCGGAUCGGAUGAAAAUCGCGUGGCGGUACGAGCACAUGAAAGCUAACGAUUCGCUGGCCAGCAAAAGCAAAAAUUCAAAAUACGACAGCGACUUUGGUCAUUAUUACGAUUUGACCAAAACGAUGGACAAGAAGUUAAUCGACAGAAAUAAAAUCUUUUAUUGGACUGGUGAUAUUGAUGAUCAUGGCGAAAAAUAUCGCAUGGGAUUUAAAAAUAAUCGAUAUGUCGAUUUAUUGAAAAAUCUCCAGAAGAAAUUGAAGGAGGGAGAAUUUUACGUUACCGACAAACCAAAGCUAAGAAAUAUCAUGAGGAUCGGUAUCCAUGGACUGGGAUCGAGAUUGUGGCUGAAUGAUGAUGCUGAUGGUGAUGAUGAUGAUGAUGACCGAAAUGAUACCGGAGAUUUGAUGAAAUUUCUGUACUGCUUCAGAUCAUUACUGAGAAAUUGUUACGCUGUGGGAGUUAUUACUGUACCUGAUAUUUUUGAAGAUGACACGAUAAUGAAAAGAAUAGAAAAUUUAUCAGAUACAGCGAUAGCAUUAGAAUCAUUUGCCGGCUCAUCAAAAGAAACGAAUCCUAUUUUUAAAGACUACCACGGAUUACUUCAUGUUAAAAAAUUAUCAGCGAUAAAUACUCUAGCGUCUCAUUGUCCAGAGUCUUAUGACCUUGCUUUUAAAAUGCGACGGAAAAAAUUCGUCAUCGAGAUUCUUCAUUUACCACCGGAUUUUGGUGACGACGACAAAAAUGAUGACAAUAAAAUCAUUCCUGGAUUCGGUUGUGGAUCAUCGAAACUUUUAGAUUUUUAAUAAUAAUAAUAAGUAAUUAAUUAAUUAAUUUAUGUAUAUAUUAUUUAAUAAU